GUUGCUGUCACGUGUACAUCCAUAGGCGGAAGUGACACUCGACAUCUUGAUGCGGAAGAGAUUCCGAACAAUUGAAGAUUUCACCAAAAUGAUAACAAAACACUAACCAGAGCUAAUAACGUCGUGUUGUAGCUAAUUGUACGUUGAUCUAUUGAGACUAGAGUAAAGUUUUAUUUUGGCAAUUGUACGUAUCCAGCAACCAUGGCUAAUAACAAUUUACAGAAAGCCAUAGAUCUUGCAAGCAAGGCUGCAGAGGAGGACAAAGCUAAAAACUAUGAGGAAGCUCUCCGGUUGUACCAGCAUUCUAUUCAGUACUUCCUUCAUGUUGUGAAGUCUGGUAGGAGUGGAACCCUCUGUGGUGGUCUGCUGCAAUGGCCCAUCCGUGACAAAGAUUGACGAGUUGUGCGUUCCGAGAUGCCGCCAGAGACUGCACACCACUUUUGCACUGUGCUGUUAUUUGUCUGUUUGUGGCCCUCCUGUUAGCUUGCACAAUUCUUGCCAUUCUCCUUCAACCUCUCUCAUCAACAAGCUGUUUUAGCCCACAGGACUGCCACUGGAUGUUUUCUGUUUGUCGCACUAUUCUCGGUUAACCCGCACUGUCGUGCGUGAAAAGCCCAGCAGGGCAGUCGUUUCUGAAAUGCUGGGUCCGGCACGCCUAACACCGAUGAUCAUACACCGAUAACACCAUGCUGAAAGUUCCUUAGAUCACUAGUUUUGCCCAUUCUUUUUAUUAAAAUUUUACCCCCUUUUCUCCCCGAUUUCGUGGUAUCCAAUUGUUAGUAGUUACUAUCUUGUCUCAUCGCUACAACUCCCGUACGGGCACGGGAGAGACGAAGGUCGAAAGCCAUGCGUCCUCCGAAACACAAUCCAACCAAGCCGCACUGCUUAUUAACACAGCGCGCAUCCAACCCGGAAGCCAGCUGCACCAAUGUGUUGGAGGAAGCACCGUGCACCUGGCGACCUGGUUAGUGUGCACUGCGGACGGCCCGCCACAGGAGUCGCUAGUGCGUGAUGAGAUAAGGAUAUCCCUACCGGCCAAACCCUCCCUAACCCGGACGAUUGCGCGUCGCCCCACGGACCUCCCGGUCGCGGCCAGCUGUGACAGAGCCUGGGCGCGAACCCAGAGUCUCUGGCACAGCUAGUACUGCGCCACCCGGGAGGCCCAGUUUUUCCCAUUCUAACAUUCAAUCAAACUAACUGAAUGCCUCAAUGCAUGUCUGCCUGCUUUAUAUAGAAAGCCACAACAAUCAAUGUCUGUAGGAGCAAACCAUUUUUGUGAAUGGGGUGGUGAACCUAAUAAACUGGCCGGUGAGUGUAUGUGUUCACCUUUGAUCUUAAAGUUUGGAAUGAACUUGGAAUGACCACAGGAGGACCUCUGGGUAAACAUAAAUAAUUUCUUAAAGAAACUGUUUUAAAAGUUUUUUCACUUUCACAUUAAAUGCCCGACGUGUGAGGUGACUUGGGGCAUAAUGUGAUAUGACAACCUGUGGUCCAUUUCCUUUUCCUAUAGAUGAGGCCCAGGGAGACAAGGCCAAGCAAAGCAUCAGGGCAAAGUGUGCAGAGUACCUGGACCGAGCAGAGAAGCUGAAGGAAUACCUUAAGAAGAAGGAGAAGGCUCCUCCAGCCAAGCCUGUCAAAGAGUCUGGGUCUGAUGACAAAGGGAAUGAGAGUGAUGAAGGUGAAGGUGACCCAGAGAAAAAGAAGUUCCAAAAUCAACUCUCGGGUGCCAUCGUCAUGGAAAAGCCAAACAUCAAGUGGAGUGACGUAGCUGGGCUUGAGGGUGCAAAAGAGGCCCUUAAAGAAGCUGUCAUCUUGCCCAUCAAAUUUCCUCACCUCUUCACAGGAAAGCGGACUCCAUGGAGAGGGAUCUUGCUCUUUGGCCCUCCUGGUACAGGAAAGUCUUACCUGGCCAAGGCUGUGGCCACAGAAGCCAACAACUCUACCUUCUUCUCUAUCUCCUCAUCUGACCUGGUGUCAAAGUGGCUGGGGGAAAGUGAAAAGUUGGUGAAGAAUCUAUUUAGCCUAGCCAGGGAGAACAAGCCCUCCAUCAUCUUCAUCGAUGAGAUAGACUCUCUGUGUGGCUCCAGGAGUGAGAACGAGAGUGAAGCAGCCCGCCGCAUCAAGACUGAGUUCCUGGUCCAGAUGCAGGGUGUUGGAAAUGACAAUGAUGGAGUCCUGGUUCUAGGAGCCACAAACAUCCCCUGGACAUUGGACUCUGCUAUUAGGAGAAGGUUUGAGAAGCGGAUCUACAUCCCUCUGCCUGAGGAGCACGCCCGCUCCUUCAUGUUCAAGCUACAUCUAGGCUCCACCCCCAGUGAGCUCAUUGAAUCAGACUAUGUGACCCUUGGUAAGAAGACAGAAGGCUACUCUGGAGCUGACAUCAGCGUCAUCGUGAGGGACGCCCUCAUGCAGCCAGUCAGGAAAGUGCAGUCGGCCACUCACUUCAAACGGGUCCAAGGAUCGUCAUGGAACCAUCCCGACCUCGUGGUAGACGACCUCCUGACCCCAUGCUCACCAGGAGAUCCAGACGCCAUAGAGAUGACCUGGAUGGAUGUUAAUGGGGAGAAACUCAUGGAGCCUGUUGUUUGCAUGGCUGAUAUGCUGAGGUCACUGCACAACACCAAGCCAACCGUGAACGAGCAGGACUUGGAUAAACUCAAGAAGUUCACAGAGGACUUUGGUCAGGAAGGCUAACACUCAACCAGAUAAUGCAAACCCAACUUUCCUUUCUUUUGUCCUUUUCCUCCACUGGUUCUCAGGCUUGUAUUUACUACUCUACUUUCUCUCCAAGUUACAAAGGGGUUUCAUGUAUGUUGAUUUGUUUGCUUAUUCUGCGAAUACAUACCCAUAGUACAUUACUUUUUUCAUUUUUUUACGAAGCCAGAUAAGGUUGACUAAUGUUUAAGAUGGUGAUGGUCUCAAAGAAUAUGGCUUCAAGCAAUGUAUUCAUAGUUUAUGCUUUAAAACACUAAAGUGUCUGUUUUUGCCUUGAUGUUAUCAAACUAACAAUGCAUGUCAUGGUGCAUUACAGCAACUCCUCCAAAAGGCCUUUACUCCUUGAAGUACAUCUAUGACUUGGCAAGAUAUGAGGAUUGCAGGUUUUGUUGUACUGUAUGGUGUUAGGACCUUAACUAGGACUAGGACCUAGUUAAGUUUUUAUUUAUUUAUUCAUGUUGUAUCCAAGAAGGGCUAAGUCUGUAACGUUCACUCUGUGUUGGUGGAGUAGCACUCAUUGAAGCGGACCAUAUCAUGAUUAAAUAUCAGCAACUUUAAUUUGAUUUCAACUUCCUUUCAUUGUCUUUUUUUGUACAAUAUUCAUAUUCUUUUGCUGUAGCAAGUAAAAGUACUUUGGGAUGGGUGGGUGGGGCUAUGUUAUAAUGAAAUAAAACCCAAUGAUUGAUCUGAAUGAUGAAUCAGUAAUUGAGUGUGCAAUAAUGUUUGGUCAUUUUUUUAACCUGUACCCCUUCAAUUGUACUUCAUACAUUUUUGCCCACUUCAAAUGUUUUGUACAAGUUGUGCCUUGAAAGAGAAUCAAUGUAUAUCCUCUCUCACUUACUACUAAAGCCGAUGAAAGACACCCUAUGAAAGAGACACAUAUUCAGACAGUUACUUACUUAUGAUUGUAUACAGUUCUUUCUAUAACCUCUGACUUAAAAACACAAAUGCUAUAAAUCUCAAUUUACAGUAUAGUCCAUCAUUCUCAUUUGAGCUGUUCACAAAUAUUGUCUGGUUAUUGGUAUGAGAUUAGUGUAGCGUUGAACAAUGCUGAGAAGGGAGGGAUUUUUCUUCAUAAAAGAAGAAUGGUCAUUAUGUUUUCUUUUGAAAAUACUGUUAACAUCUAUGGCUGUGGGGUUUCCUAGAAAUAUAUAUUCAGGGUUUUUUUCUGGGAUGUUCAAGAGGUAUCCAGUUGUGUUCUAAUCUUGAUGUAUAUGUAAAUAAAAAUAUUACCUGUAUCGAAA